CCCGAUGCCGAAAGCGUUUGGAAAGCAGCUUCAACCACAACGAUCGAUGGCUUAGGAAGAACGAAACAGUCCCGUUUGAGACUUUCUUGAAUCAUGACGCUACUACUCCUGAUCCUCACGAUCCUUGCGAUUGCUACUUUUCAGAGUGGGACCAAAACGAAAUCCAGUCGACCCAAGGACUUUGUGACCUCAAAGGCGGAUCGAAUGGAGCUGCUGCUGCUGGACAGGGAGCUGAUCUCAAACCUCGUGCAAUAUACUGAAGAGUUGCAGAACAAAGUCCACGUGCUGCAGCGAUUUGCAAUGGCGAUGAGCAUUCCCCUCGAGGCAGCGAAGGGCAGGGAGGAGGAGUACCUAUCGAAUCCACUGCACAGUUUUCGCCUCAUCCGCCAUAUGCACGAGGACUGGCGGCAAUUAGAGAAGUUCAUGCGGCAGCCUGUGGGGCAGGAUCAGAUUAAUUUCCUCAAGGAGAAGGCAAAGGAAUUUCCUUCAAAAGAAGAUGCUGAGGAUGCCACGGAGGCCAUCUACCGCAUUGUGCGCACCUAUGAUGUGCAGCCAGCGCAUCUCGUCGAGGGGCUAAUCGAUGGCGGGCAGUACAACAGUAGCAUUUCAGCCAUCGACUGCUUCUCUCUUGGAACGCUGCAUUUUCAGUGGGGGGAGUACGGAAAAGCAGUCCAAUGGCUAAACUACACCUUCAACCUAAUAGAACCAGACUAUUAUUCGGUGUACGAUGUGCUGGAAUUUCAGUCAAGUGAGGUAUUCAUUCUGUUAGCCCGCUGCUUCGUGGAGAUGGACCUGGAAGAGGAGGCUCGAAGCAUUCUGAUGGCCCACCCCACUCUGGCGGAGAAUUCGGAGCAUCUGCUCAACCUCUACACAAACACGAGACACGUCCAAGUUUCGGAGGAUAAGCAGCCCGCUCUGCCCGACGAAUUCAAUCAGAUCUGCCGCUCCUCCCAUCAAAAUAAACCCUCGCGCCUUCACUGUCGCUACAAUGCCACAACCACACCCUUCCUGCGCCUGGCCCCCCUACGCAUGGAGGAGCUGUCGCUGGAUCCCUACAUAGUGGUCUACCACAAUGUCCUCUCCGACGCGGAAAUAGCCGAGGUGGAGCGCGUUGCAGAGCCGCUUCUGAAGCGCAGUGUCGUUGUCGGAAAGGGAAAGAGGUUGACCGCCAGCAAGAUGCGCACAGCCCUGGGAGCCUGGAUCCCCGAUCCCGAUGAUAAUAUGGAUGUCUCGGGCUGGCCGGUGGUGGAGCGAUUCCAUAGACGCAUACGCGACAUGACCGGACUGAACAUCAACCGCCAGCAGUUCAUGCAGCUGAUAAAAUACGGAUUCGGGGGCCACUACGAUCUCCACUUCGACUACUUCAAUGCUUCUAUGGCGUUCGUCGAGGACCUGGGCGACCGAAUGGCCACCGUUCUUUUCUACCUUAACGAUGCGAGGGACGGCGGCUCCACUGUAUUUACCCGUCUAAAUCUGAAGGUCUCAUCGGAGCGUGGCAAGGUUCUGUUCUGGUACAAUAUGCGGGGGGAGACGCACGAUCUGGACACUCAGACCCUUCACGGUUCCUGCCCCGUCAUCAAUGGCACCAAAACGGUACUAUCCUGCUGGAUAGACGAGCUGAAUCAAAUGUUUAUCCAGCCUACCUAUCGCCGAGGAAAUAGGAAAUUCUUCGUUAAAGGUUAAGCGCUGAAAAAAUAUCAAAAUGUACUUAUAUACAUAUAUAUCCGAUGGGAUAGGUAGUAAAGACAUAAUCGAAAUUUUAAGCAAAUAAUUCAAACUGUCCAAUAAAAUCUACGGAGUCUUUAAAUUUUGUAUUCAAAUAAGUCAAACUAAAAAUAAUAUUGUGCAGUUAUUUUUUAACUAUAAUUUGUUGUAUUACAUUUUAAAUUUGUCUUACGAUGAUCAACAACAAACUUAACAAUUUCAU